AGGCAGCUCCUGGGAUCAACCAAACUUCCAGGAUGCACUUCAGGGAGGAUAUGAGGAGGAUCCGGUGCGCGGUGCUGCUGUGCCUGCUCUCCGUGAUGGUCCUCAUGCUGCCCACUGCCUACCUGCUGGUUGGAAACCUCCGAGCUCCCAGCUCCUGCGUGGAGCAGGUCACAGAGGAGAGGGGCUCUCGCUUUCUGAAGCAACGGGCACUAGACACUGCUACAGUCACACUUGCCAGUGCAGAAAAGCCAAGAGCACACCUGACAGUGAAGAAACAAAAUGCCCUCAAGACCAUGGGAAAACACAUGCCCAUCCUGCAGUGGGAAGACAAACGAGGCUUGGCCUUUACCAAGAACAACCUGAGUUAUUCCAGCAGCUCACUGGUGAUACCUGUGUCCGGGGACUACUAUGUCUAUGCUCAGGUCACUUUCCGAGGGCCCAUUGAAAAUUACAGCGAACCAAGUUCUGUCACUGAGAUCAUCACCAAAGUCACUGACAGCUACCCUGAGCCCACUCGGCUGCUGACUGGCACCAAGACCCUUAGUGAGAGUGGGAAGAGGUGGUUCCAGCCCAUUUAUCUGGGUGCUGUGGUCUCCUUAGAAGCAGGAGACAAGCUGAUGGUCAACGUUAGCGACAUCAGGCUGGUGGAUUACACUAAGGAGCACAACACCUUCUUUGGUGCCUUUUUGUUGUAGGUUGCUGGCAGCAGCUGGUGGGACGCUUCCCUUCAAGGCCCUGGGGUGACCUUGUUGUUUCUUGGCUUUGUGGGCAUGCAUUGGGGUGCAACCUCUGUGCUGUUAUAUCCUUCUUCUGUACUGUCACGCCCCUGCAGCCUUAAAUUAAGGGGUAGGGAAAGCUAAAAACCACAGGCUGAAUUAAAGCAAACCAAAAGCAAAGGGAACAGGAACAGGAAAGACCAAUUGAAAGGAAAAGCCAAUACUUUUGGAAGUAGCAACUGAGCUCUUCAAACCAUUGUAAGCUGAGGAGGAACAGUUCAUAGCUGUGGGUAGGAAUAUUUGAUCUGGAGUAUUGCAGCUAGGCUACAUCACUAAUUCCACCUUCAAUGUACAACUUCUUCAACCCCCAAAGAUGUGUUCUGAACUUUCUCCAGCACUUGCAGUAUAGUUUUGCAUGACCUUUCUUCAGAUACUCGGGUCUAAAAGGUAAAUUACUUUUCAUCAUCUCCUUACAAACAGAUCUGCUCAGCACUUUGCACUAACAGAAAGCUCAGAUUAAUCAUUAACUGCUUAAUUAACCCCUUCCAACGUACCUAUAAAGUAGAUUAAAAUUAUGUUGUGUGUUUUGCAGAACCUACUUGAAAUUUCUUUCCCCACCCCUCACCCCACCCAGAAAAUGGCCUGCAGUGCAUUAAGCCAAUGAACAGCCUCAAACCUGCACAGAAAAUUUCAAGGCAACACAUGCAGACAAUUUCUGCUUCAGCACAAAAGUGGAAUCUCCUCACUAGCUCCUAACAUGAGGCAGAGAGAGACAAGCAGGACAAUUUUCCAUGCUCUUUAAACCAACCACAGAAAUCCUGGGGGCAAAGCCUGGCAAUAUUCUGCUUUCCAUGACACUGAGUGCAAAGGGAGUGCCACCAAAGACAGCACUGUUUUGCUGCUCCCCCUUGCAACCACUGCCAAUGCUGCAGCGGUCCCCUAGGCACAAGGCACUCUCCAGCCUUGCCCUGGGUGAAGGUUGGCGAUCAGCAGUCUCUACACAAGGCCAAGAGGUCCAAAGAAACAGCCAUGGUGUGCCAGAGCCUGGUGUUGAGCUCAGGAACAUUCAGCUUCCCACCUUGCACUUGCUUAUUUUCAGAGACCUUCUUGUCUCUCAGGGCAAUCCUUCAUCUUUCCUUCUCCCCCCACCAUGAGUACAUCACUGACAAGUCCUGUUCUCAUAAAGCUCAGACUUUACUCUCUCAACUGCCAAGAGGGCUGACACCUGAGCACCUACCACCUGCAGCAUUCACUCUUAGCAGCUCCUCCUCUUUUCCUGCCUCACCUCGUUGGAUUGCCUCCAUUUCCCACUUCUUGACCAGCAGUGGCAGUAAGCCCUGCUUGCCUAGUUAAGCUUUCCACUCAAAGCCAUGGUGGGAGCCACUGGCCAGCGAGGCACUGAAGCUUGGGAAUAGCUAUGGGGAUGAGGGAUUGUAGCCAAAGAUCUCAAACAGGCAGAGAAGUUCUCUGCUACAAAACCCAUGUGAGAUACUGCAGUCCAACCAGCAGUGAAAUCAGGCUGCUUUGCCCACCAUGUCUUCCCAGUGGGAGACAACUUAUUGUUAUAUAAAGAUCUCUUUGAGCUGACAAGGAAAAGUGACAGCUGAAGUGAGGAGCAGAAUGAAAAGCCAAGAAAGAUUAAUGGUGAAGAGAGGAGAGAAGCACAGCAGGAGGUAGGAGAUUCAGGGAGCAGCAGGAUCUCUGCCUCUUCAUGGCUCAGUGUAAGCACCUUCAUGCUGAAUGCAUGGUUACAUCUCUUAGAUCUAGCAGACCUUUGUGCAGUAAUUCAUCUCAGAGUAGAAGGCUUUUUGACCAUCCUUGCCUGUUCUGCAGUCUCUGGGUCCCAUAGCAGGUCUCUGUUCCUUCACUGUUUUAUCUACAGUGAGAGCAGCAUUAAAUACAUGGCAAAAGCCAGCAGCUUGCCCUCUUGCCCUGCCCUUCUUUCUGCUGCAGGUAUCUUUCUUCCAGGUUCUCCUUGAGUCUAGUCAUUGGGUGCUGGUUUACUGCACAACACUUCCCAUCUAGGAGACCUUGACAAUGGCCUUGCAUCAAAACCUCUUUACACUUUGGCUCCUCAACCCUUCUUUGACAUGCCCUUCCUUGCCCCCACACCCACAUCUCAGCUGCCCUCUUGAUCCCUUUCUCCCACAGGUACCUUCCUGCCUUCUUAG